UGUAGAUAUUAGAUAUACAACAGAGCGUAAAACAAGAGCGGACUAUUAUUACUAAAGAAAGUGCAUUCCUCUUAAUACUGUGUAGAUACCCCGCGGAUAUUCAUCGUAAAUGCAGUUAUUCUAGCGUUGUGUGAGUGACCGAUCUACACUGUUCGUAUGAGUGCAAUUAUAUCAUAAACAAUCAGCGAGGUUAUGAAUUAAAUGUUGCACUGAACUAAAGAUUUUUACUAAGUUGUAUGUUUUGAUCGUGUUUCGAAGUCAAUUUGUGUAUACAGCGUAGUUUCGUAACAUUACAAUGAAAGUGAACGAAGAUAUUCAGAGGGAGCGAAAUAAAUGUGACUUUAAUGUGGAGGAAUUGACGAAUUAUCUCGAUGGAGGGGUAGAGGUCACGCGAAAGAGGAGAGAAUUGGAAAUUAAAGUUCUUAGCGUAAAAGGUCUGCUAGACGAAGUUCCAGAGGAAUAUUUAAGUCACAAAGAAAAAUAUGAGAAUGCGAUACGUAAGGCCGUCUUGUUUUUCAAAACGAUACAAAAGUUAUUGGAUCCAAAUCAUUCGGAAAUGGAAAGGGCGAGGGCAUACUUCGGAAGUACCAUAGCUUCAGCCGUUUUUAAAGAUAAUUCGCCAUUCUCCCUGCAUUUUUCCAUGUUCAUACCAACAUUGGUCGGACAGGCGAGUCAAGAGCAAAAAAAAUACUGGUUAAAGAGAGCUAUAAAUAUGGAAAUUAUUGGAACAUACGCGCAGACGGAGCUCGGUCAUGGAACAUUCAUCCGAGGUUUGGAGACAACCGCCACAUACGACCCAAAGACUGAGGAAUUCAUCCUACACAGCCCUACCCUCACUUCGUACAAAUGGUGGCCCGGCAAUUUGGCACAUACAGCCAACUACUGCGUCGUGAUGGCUCAUUUAUAUAUAAAUAAAAAGAGUUGUGGAAUCCAGCCGUUUAUCGUACAACUCCGGGAUGAGAAUACACAUAUGCCUCUACCGGGAAUCAAACUUGGUGAAAUCGGCGCGAAACUUGGCUUCAAUACUGUCAAUAAUGGUUUCCUUGGAUUUGACCAUCAUCGAAUUCCUAGGGAUAGGAUGUUGAUGAAGAACGCGCAGGUUUUGAAGGACGGUACCUUCAAGAGAUCCUCCAACAGCAAGUUGACGUACAGCACCAUGGUGUACGUGCGAGUGAUGAUAGUGAAGAGCAUGGCCACUCAGCUCGCGAAGGCGGCGACGGUGGCCAUCAGGUACUCCGCAGUGAGGAGGCAGUCGGAAAUCACUCCUGGUGCUCCAGAGCCUCAGAUCCUAGACUACGUGACGCAACAGCACAAGCUGUUCAUAGCUGUGGCACAGAGCCACGCCAUCAGCACCACUGCCAACUGGUUGUGGAACCUCUACGAGAAAGUUACUAAGGAUAUAGAGGCUGGUAGAGCUGAUAAUUUGCCUGAGCUGCACGCCCUCGCGUGCUGUCUCAAGGCGGUGAGCACAUCAGACGCCGCGUCCAUGGUGGAGAGAUGUCGCCUCGCUUGCGGCGGACAUGGGUACAUGCUGUCAUCCAAUCUGCACCAGAUGUAUGGGCUGGCGACAGCCGCCUGCACGUACGAAGGGGAGAAUACGGUUCUCAUGCUGCAGACUGCGAGGUAUUUGGUGAAGGAGUGGGAACAGAUAACCAAAGGACAGCCACUAAGCUUAACCAUGUCUUACUUAAAAGACAAAAGUUUGUUGAAAUGGGACAACUCUGUCGACGGGAUCAUCAAAGGCUUCCAAAAAGUUGCAGCGGGUAAGCUAGCGUCAACCGUUGCCAAUUUGAAGAAAUACAUGAAGUCAGGGUUGUCGCCCGAGGAUGCUUGGAACAAAACGUCAGUGCAACUCGUCGCUGUUUCAGAGGCUCACUGCAGAUCAGUUAUACUGUCGACUUACAAAGCGGAGAUAGAGAGGACUGCGGCAACCUUAUCUCCUCCGGUGAAGAACGUUUUAAACCAAAUGGUUCAACUGCAUGCUAUAUACUGGGCGUUGGAAAAACUCAGAGACCUUCUGUUGUACACACCAAUAAGUGAAGAUGAUGUUCGACAACUGCAGCGCAUUUACGAAGAUCUUCUGCAGAAGAUACGGCCGAAUGCGAUUGGUUUGGUCGACGCAUUCGAUUUUAGAGAUGAGAUCCUGAACUCGACCCUCGGCGCGUACGACGGUCGCGUGUACGAGCGUCUGAUGGAGGAGGCACUGAAGAGUCCUCUCAACAAAGAGCCCGUCAACCGCAGCUUCCACAUGUACCUCAAGCCCUUCAUGCAGGGAAACUGUGAUUGUGGUUUGUGUAAAAAGUGUGUUGAAAUUGUAUUACUAUAAUGUCUAUUGAGUAUUAAAGUAAGGGAAUAAAAUAAAGAGUUUUUGAGAUAUGAAAA